AUGGCUCGCACCAUCCCGACGCCCACGCCAAGGACCCGACUCCUGACCCGGCUCCUCCUCGCCCUCCUCCUCCAACUACCGCCCCUGUCCACACCGCGGGCCGCCGCGCGCCCGCAGGCGCCUGCGGCGCGGCCGCGGCCGUACCUCGACGUUGUGUGCAAGCCGCCAACGCUGCGGGCGGGCGAGGUGGUGCCGCCGUGCAUCUCGGCCGACGUGACCGAGGCGCUCUGCUUCCCCAACGGCACGACGCCGCUGCACGUCGAGGCGCACGCCCAGUGCAUGUGCCGCGGCUCCUACUUCGCCGAGCGCGCCGCCUGCCGCGCCUGCCUGGCCCUGCACGGCCUGCUGCCCGAGCCCGACGCCUUCCUGGACGCCGCCGUCGACGCCGCCGCCAGCAGCGCGCUGUGCGGCUUCCUCGCCGUCACCGACCCGCCGCCCGCCACUUCGCCACCACCGCCACCGUCGGUGCCCUUUAGGGCCCUGUCCGACUCUGCCGAGGCGGCUCUCGCUCCCGGCGGCCGGCCGGCCGGCGCGGCAACAGCCGGCCGCGACGGGCCGGGGCCCGACGACAAGGCCCCCUCGCGGACCGAGGUCAGCCUCUACUACACGCCGAGCGGGCCGCAGGGGCCGGGCCCGAUCACGGGGAGCGCCGCGCUGGCCUCGGCCACCGGCCUGCAGUUCGCGACGGGGAGACCGCCCCUAUUGGGGACCGCGGCCUCGGCACCGCCGCCUCUGCUGACGGCAUCGCCGCCGCCUUUGACUCCCUUUGGGACCGGCGCGCCGGGGAGCUCGGGGGUUGGGACCACAACCGGUGAUUCCCCUUCGGUGUCGAGGGCAGCCGCGGGGUUGAGGACGGGAAAGAGCCGGGUACUGGUUUCACUGGGUUUCUGGGCACUUGCGACUAGAUCUGUGCUGUAG